AUGGCGAAGCGCGGCGCGCGGCGGCGGAGCGCGGGGAGCGGACCCGGCGCCGGCGGCCCCCGGGGCCCCGCGCGGCCGCGGCCGGGGCCGCUGCUGCUGGCGGCGCUGGCGCUGCUGGGCGCGGCGCGGGCGCGGGCGCCGGCGGGCGGCGGCUUCAGCCUGCACCCGCCCUACUUCAACCUGGCGGAGGGCGCCCGCAUCGCCGCCUCGGCGACCUGCGGGGAGGAGGCCGGCGCGCGCGGCGCCCCGCGCCCCACCGAGGACCUCUACUGCAAGCUGGUGGGGGGCCCCGUGGCCGGCGGGGACCCCAACCAGACCAUCCAGGGCCAGUACUGUGACAUCUGCACUGCUGCCCACAGUAACAAGGCACACCCCGUGAGCAACGCGGUGGACGGCACCGAGCGCUGGUGGCAGAGCCCUCCGCUCUCCCGGGGCCUGGAGUACAACGAGGUCAACGUCACGCUGGACCUGGGCCAGGUCUUCCACGUCGCCUAUGUGCUCGUCAAGUUUGCCAACUCCCCUCGGCCAGACCUGUGGGUGCUGGAGCGCUCCACGGACUUCGGCCACACCUACCAGCCCUGGCAGUUCUUCGCCUCCUCCAAGAGGGACUGUGUGGAGCGGUUUGGGGCCCGGACCCUGGAGCGGAUCACGCGGGAUGACGACGCCAUCUGUACCACCGAGUACUCCCGCAUAGUGCCGCUGGAGAACGGCGAGAUUGUGGUGUCCCUGGUGAACGGACGCCCCGGGGCCAUGAACUUCUCCUACUCCCCCCUGCUGCGAGACUUCACCAAAGCCACCAACAUCCGGCUGCGCUUCCUGCGCACCAACACCCUGCUGGGCCACCUCAUGGGCAAGGCGCUGCGGGACCCCACCGUCACCCGCCGGUACUAUUACAGCAUCAAGGACAUCAGCGUCGGCGGGCGCUGCGUCUGCCACGGCCACGCGGACGUCUGCGAUGCUAAGGACCCCUCGGACCCUUUCAGGCUGCAGUGUGCCUGCCAGCACAACACGUGCGGGGGCUCCUGCGACCGCUGCUGCCCUGGCUUCAACCAGCAGCCCUGGAAGCCGGCCACCACCGACAGCGCCAACGAGUGCCAGUCCUGCAACUGCCACGGCCACGCCCACGACUGCUACUACGACCCCGAGGUGGACCGGCGCAACGCCAGCCAGAACCAGGACAACGUGUACCAGGGUGGGGGCGUCUGCAUCCACUGCCAGCAUCACACCACAGGCAUCAACUGUGAGCGCUGCCUGCCCGGCUUCUACCGCGCGCCCGACCAACCCCUGGACUCGCCCCACGCCUGCCUCCGCUGCGACUGCGAGUCGGACUUCACGGACGGGACCUGCGAGGACCUGACGGGCCGCUGCUACUGCCGGCCCAACUUCACCGGGGAGCGGUGCCGCCAGUGUGCCGAGGGCUUCGCCGGCUUCCCGCACUGCUACCCCGUGCCCUCGUUCUCCCUCAACACUACCGGGGAGCAGGUGCUACCAGCUGGACAGAUCGUGAGCUGCGACUGCAGCGCGGGCGGGACGCUGGGCAACGCCUGCCGGAAGGACCCUCGCGUGGGCCGCUGCGUGUGCAAGCCCAACUUCCAGGGGGCCCACUGCGAGCUCUGCAGGCCCGGCUUCUACGGCCCCGGCUGCCAGCCCUGCCAGUGCUCCAGCCCCGGGGCGGACGGCGGCCUCUGCGACCCGGGCUCCGGCCAGUGCCGCUGCCGAGCGGGCUUCGAGGGAGCCGCGUGCGACCGGUGCGCCCCCGGCUACUUCCACUUCCCCCUCUGCCAGCGGUGUGGCUGCAGCCCCGCGGGGACCCUCCCCGAAGGCUGCGACGAGGCCGGCCGCUGCCCCUGCCGCCCGGGGUUCGAGGGUCUGCACUGCGAUCGCUGCCGCCCGGACCACCACGGCUACCCCGACUGCCGCGCCUGCACCUGCGACCCCCGCGGGGCGCUGGACCAGCUCUGCGGGGCGGGAGGGGCCUGCCGCUGCCGCCCGGGCUACGCCGGUGCCGCCUGCCAGGAGUGCGCCCCCGGCUUCCACGGCUUCCCCGCCUGCCUCCCCUGCCAGUGCUCCGCCGAGGGCUCCGUGCACACAGCCUGUGACCCCCACAGCGGGCAGUGCAGCUGCCGGCCCCACGUGACGGGGCUGCGCUGCGACGCCUGCGAGCCCGGCGCCUACGACUUUCCCCACUGCGAAGCUGGUUCCUGUCACCCUGCAGGCCUGGCCCCGGCCCAUCCUUCGCUUCCUGAGGGCCCCUGCGUGUGCCGGGCUCACGUGGAGGGGCCGAGCUGCGAUCGCUGCGAGCCUGGGUACUGGGGGCUGAGCCCCGGCAGCCCCGAGGGCUGUACCCGAUGCAGCUGCGACCCCAGGGGCACGCUGGGAGGAGUGACCGAGUGCAGGCCGGGCAGCGGCCAUUGCUUCUGCAAGGCCCACGUGUGUGGGCACGCCUGUUCCGCGUGCAAGGAUGGCUUCUUCGGGCUGGACCGGGCUGACUACUUUGGCUGCCGCAGCUGCCAGUGCGACGUCGGGGGCGCUCUGGGCCAGGGCUGUGAACUGAAGACGGGGGCCUGCCGGUGCCGGCCCAACACCCAGGGCCCCACCUGCAGUGAGCCGGCGAAGGACCACUACCUGCCUGACCUGCACCACCUGCGGCUGGAGCUGGAGGAGGCGGCCACGCCCGAGGGCCGCGCCGCGCGCUUCGGCUUCAACCCCCUGGAGUUCGAGAACUUCAGCUGGAGGGGCUACGCGCACAUGGCUCCCAUCCAGCCCCGGAUCGUGGCCCGGCUGAACGUGACCUCUCCCGACCUCUUCCGGCUGAUCUUCCGCUACGUCAACCGCGGGCCCAGCGGCGUGAGCGGCCGCGUCUCCAUGCUGGAGGAAGGCAAGCUCGCCGCCUGUACUAACUGCACGGAGCAGAGCCAGCCCGUGGCCUUCCCGCCCAGCACCGAGCCUGCCUUUGUCACGGUGCCCCGGAGGGGCUUUGGGGAGCCCUUUGUCCUGAACCCCGGCAUCUGGGCCCUGGUUGUGGAGGCCGAAGGCGUGCUCCUGGACUACGUGGUUCUGCUGCCCAGCGCUUACGACGAGGCGGCGCUGCUGCAGCUCCGCGUGACCGAGGCCUGCACCUACUGGCCGUCUGCACAGCGUGCGCGGGAAAACUGCCUUCUCCACACCCACCUCCCCCUGGACGGCUUCCCCUCGGCCGCGGGGCUGGAGGCCCUGUGUCGCCAUGACAACAGCCUGCCCCGCCCCUGCCCCACCGAGCAGCUCAGCCCCUCGCACCCACCUCUGGCCGCCUGCCUGGGCACCGACGUGGACGUCCAGCUUCCGGUGACGGUGCCCCGGCCGGGCCGCUACGCCCUGGUGGUGGAGUACGCCAACGAAGGCCCGCCGCAGGAGCUGGGCGUGGCCGUGCACACGCCCCAGCGGGCGCCCCAGCGGGGGGCGCUCACGCUCCACCCCUGCGCCUACAGCACGCUGUGUCGCGGCCCCGCCCUGGACUCCCAACACCACGUGGCCGCCUUCCACCUGGACUCGGAGGCCAGCGUCCGCCUCACCUCCCAGCAGGCGCGCUUCUUCCUGCACGGCGUCACCCUGGUGCCCGCGGAGGAGUUCACCACGGAGUUCGUGGAGCCCCGCGUCCACUGCGUGAGCAGCCACGGCUCCUUCGGACUCCGCAGGGCCGCCUGCCAGCCCUCGCGCUUCCCGAAGCCGCCGCGGCCCAUCGUCCUGCGCGACUGCCAGGUGCUGCCGCUCCCUCCGGACCUCCCUCUGACCCGCUCCCAGGAGCUCGCCCCCGGAGCCGCCCCGCCCGGGCCCCAGCCCCGGCCCCCCACGGCCCUGGACCCCGACACCGAGCCCACCCUGCUGCGCCACCCCCAGGGCACCGUGGUCUUCACCGCCCAGGUGCCCACCCCGGGCCGCUACGCCUUCCUGCUGCAUGGGUUCCAGCCGGCCCACCCCACCUUCCCCGUGGAGGUCCUCGUCCGCGGGGGCCGCGUCUGGCAGGGCCAUGCCAACGCCAGCUUCUGCCCCCACGGCUACGGGUGCCGCACACUGGUGUCGUGCGAGGGCCAGACGGUCCUGGACGUGACCGACAGCGAGCUCACGGUGACCGUGCGGGUGCCCGCGGGCCGCUGGCUCUGGCUGGACUACGUGCUGGGUCCGGAGGACGCCUACGGCCCCGGCUACCUCCGCGAGGAGCCCUUGGACAAAUCCUACGACUUCAUCAGCCACUGUGCUGCCCACGGCUACCACAUCAGCCCCAGCAGCUCCACCCCAUUCUGCCGGAGCGCCGCCGCCUCCCUCUCUCUCUUCUACAACAACGGGGCCCGGCCCUGUGGCUGCCACGAGGCGGGUGCCACGGGCCCCACUUGUGAGCCCUUCGGGGGACAGUGUCCCUGCCGGGCCCACGUCAUCGGCCGCGACUGCUCUCGCUGUGCCACCGGCUACUGGGGCUUCCCCAACUGCAGGCCCUGUGACUGCGGCGCCCGCCUCUGCGAUGAGCUCACGGGCCAGUGCAUCUGGCCGCCGCGCACCGUGCCCCCCGACUGCCUGGUCUGCCAGCCCCAGACCUUCGGCUGCCACCCCCUGGCCGGCUGCGAGGACUGCAACUGCUCCGGGCCCGGCGUCCAGGAGCUCACCGACCCCACCUGCGACACGGACAGCGGCCAGUGCAGGUGCAGGCCCCACGUGGCGGGGCGCCGCUGCGACACCUGCGCGCCGGGCUUCUACGGCUUCCCCGGCUGCCGCCCCUGCGACUGCCACGCGGCGGGCUCCGCGCCCGGCGUGUGCGACCCCCUCACGGGCCGGUGCCGCUGCAAGGAGAACGUGCAGGGCCCCAGGUGCGACCGGUGCCGCGUGGGCGCCUUCUCCCUCGACGCCGCCAACCCGAAGGGCUGCACGCGCUGCUUCUGCUUCGGGGCCCACGGAGCGCUGCCGGAGCUCACCCACGUUCGCCACGAGUUCGUGGACAUGGAGGGCUGGACUCUGCUGAGCGGCGACCGGCAGGUGGUCCCCCACGCGCGGCGGGAAGGCCUGCUGCUGUACGCGGACCUGCGGCACGUGGCCCACGCCCUCCCCGAGCUGUUGCAGGCGCCGCCUUCCUACCUUGGAGAUCGGGUGUCCUCCUACGGCGGGACCCUCCGCUACGAGCUGCACUCUGAGACUCAGCGGGGAGACGUCUUCAUCCCGGCCGAGAGCCGGCCGGAUGUGGUGCUGCAGGGCAACCAGAUGAGCAUCGCUUACCUGGAGCCGUCCUACCCCACGCCCGGCCACGUUCACCACGGGCGGCUGCGGCUGGUGGAGGGGAACUUCCGGCACGUGGAGACCCACAAUGCUGUGUCCCGAGAGGAGCUCAUGAUGGUCCUGGCCGGCCUGGAGCAGCUGCAGAUCCGCGCCCUCUUCGUGGGCAACGCCGUGUCCCUGCGUGGGGUGGCCCUGGAGGUGGCCGGCGCGCAGGGCGGGGGGCCUCCGGCCAGCGCGGUGGAGGUGUGCAUGUGCCCUGCCAGCUACCGCGGGGACUCGUGCCAGGAGUGCGCGCCCGGCUUCUUCCGCGACGUCAAAGGGCCCUUCCUGGGCCGCUGCGUCCCUUGCCAGUGCCACGGCCACUCGGACCGCUGCCUCCCGGGCUCCGGCAUCUGCGUGGGCUGCCAGCACAACACGGAGGGCGACCGCUGCGAGCGCUGCCGGGCCGGCUUCGUGAGCAGCGGGGCGGGGGACCCCGCCGCGCCCUGUGUCAGCUGCCCCUGCCCCCUCGCCGUGCCGUCCAACAACUUCGCCGAGGGCUGCGUGCUGCGCGGGGGCCGCGCCCAGUGCCUGUGCCGGCCGGGCUACGCGGGGGCCUCCUGCGAGCGCUGCGCCCCUGGCUUCUUCGGGAACCCCCUGGUGCUGGGCAGCUCCUGCCAGCCCUGUGACUGCAGCGGCAACGGGGACCCCAACAUGAUCUUCAGUGACUGCGACCCUCUGACCGGAGCCUGCCGCGCCUGCCUGCGCCACACCGCCGGCCCCCGCUGCGAGGCCUGCGCCCCCGGCUUCUACGGGGACGCCCUGCUCCCCGGCAACUGCACCCGGUGCGACUGCUCCCCGUGCGGAACCGAGGCCUGUGACCAGACCGGGCGCUGCCUGUGCAAGGCAGGCGUGGCGGGGACUCGCUGCGACCGCUGUCAGGAAGGGCACUUCGGCUUCGAGGGCUGCCAGGGCUGCCACCCUUGUGCCUGUGGGCCAGCGGCCGAGGGCUCCCAGUGCCACCCCCAGAGCGGGCAGUGCCGAUGCCAGCCAGGGACCACGGGACUCCAGUGCCGCGAGUGCGCCCCCGGCCACUGGGGGCUCCCGGAGCAAGGCUGCAGGCGCUGCCAGUGCCCAGGAGGCCACUGUGACCCGCGCACGGGCCGCUGCACCUGCCCCCCGGGGCUCAGCGGGGAGCGCUGUGACCAGUGCAGCCAGCAGCACCAGGUGCCCGUGCCCGGUGGGCCGGGCGUCCACGGCGUCCACUGCGAAGGUGCAGCCCCGUGUGACCACUGUGUGGUUCUGCUCCUGGAUGACCUGGCGCGGGCAGACGCCCUCCUCCCCACCAUCAGAGAGCAGCUUCGCAGCCUCAACACCAGCUCGGCGGCCUGGGCCCGGCUGCAGCGGCUGAACGACUCCAUGGCGGACCUGAAGACCCAGCUCCGAGGCCCCCCAGACCCCCGCCACGAGGCAGUGCAGCGGCUGCAGACGCUGGAGCAGCAGAGCGCAAGCCUGGCGCAGGGCGUACAGCAGCUGGACGGCCAGGCCACCGGAGCCCAAGGCCGGGCGGGGCGGCUGCUGGACAGCACCGAGGCCACGCGGGCCGGGGCGCAGGCGCUGCUGGAGACGAUCCGCGCCGUGGACCACGCCCUCCGCGAGCUCGCAGCCCAGAUGGGCCACCUGUCCCCAGCCAACGCCUCGACCCCCUCGGGGGAGACGCUGAGCUGGCUGCUGGCGGAAGCAGAGCGGCUGCUGCGGGAGAUGCGGGCCCGGCGCCUGGGGGCCCCCCGCGCCGGGGCCGAGGCCGAGCUGGCUGAGGCCCAGAGAUGUAAGUGGCGCCGGGGGCCCCGCGGGUGCUCUCCCCGCGUGCAGCAGCACCUGGCCGGCCCCCGGGGAGCAGAACCGGGCGCUGUCCACCGCGCCUCCGCGGCCGGCUGGCCCAGCACGGGGGCCGGCCUCAUGGACCUGCGGGAGGCCCUGAACCGCGCGGUGGACACCACGAGGGAGGCCGAGGAGCUCAACAGCCGCAACCAGGCGCGGCUGGAGGAAGCCCUGCAGCGGAAGCAGGAGCUGUCCCGGGACAACGCCACGGUGAGGGCCGCCCUGCAGGCCGCCUCCCGGACGCUGGCCCGCGCCACCGAGCUCCUGCGCGGCAUGGAUGCGGCCAAGGAGGACCUGGAGCACCUGGCGGCCAGCCUGGACGGCGGCGCGCCCCCCCUGCUGCGGAAGAUGCAGCGCUUCUCCCCCGCCGGCAGCAAGCUGGCCCUGGUGGAGGCCGCGGAGGCCCACGCACGGCAGCUCGACCAGCUGGCGCUCAACCUGUCCAGCAUCAUCCAGGGCGUGAACCAGGACCGCUUCAUCCAGAGGGCCGUGGAGGCCGCCCGCGCCCACAGCACCAUCCUGCAGGCCGUGCAGGCGGCGGAGGAGGCCGCCCCCAGGCCCAGGGGCAGGCCGGGGCGCGCAUGGGAGCUGGUGGUGCGCCGGGGCCUGGCGGGCCGCGCCCAGCAGCUGCUGGCCAACAGCAGCGCCCUGGAGGAGGCCGUCCGGGGGCAGCGGCGGCGGCUGGGCCUCGCGCGGGUCGCCCUGCAGGGCGCGGGGACCCAGAUCCGAGACCUCCGCGCGCAGAAGGACGAGCUGGCCGCCCGCAUCCGGGAGGCGCAGGCCAUGCUGGCCAUGGACACAGAUGAGACGAGCGAGAAGAUCGCCCACCGCCAAGGCGGUGGCGCCCAGGCCCAGGACACGGCCUCCCGCGUGCAGUCCCGGCUCCAGGACAUGCAGAGGAAGCUCGAGGGGUGGCAGGGCCAGUUCGGGGGCCUGGACGGCCAGGACCUGGGCGAGGCGGUGCUCGACGCAGGCCGCUCGGUGUCCACCCUGGAAAAGACUCUGCCGCAGCUGCUGGCCAAGCUGAGCCUCCUGGAAAACCGCGGGGUGCACAACGCCAGCCUGGCCCUGUCGGCCAACAUCGGCCGCGUGCGGGAGCUCAUUGCGCAGGCCCGGGGCGCGGCCAGCAAGGUCAAGGUCCCCAUGAAGUUCAACGGGCGCUCGGGGGUGCAGCUGCGCCCCCCACGGGACCUGUCUGACCUCGCCGCCUACACCGCCCUCAAGUUCUACCUGCAGAGCCCCACGCCCGCCCCCGGCCCGGGGGAGAGCACCGGGGACCACUUCGUGCUCUACAUGGGCAGCCGCCAGGCCUCCGGGGACUACCUGGGCGUGUCUCUGCGCAACCAGAAGGUGCACUGGGUGUACCGGCUGGGCGCGGCCGACCCCGCCAGCCUCAGCAUCGACCAGGACAUCGGGGAGCAGUUCGCAGCCGUCAGCAUGGACAGAACCCUCCAGUUCGGCCACAUGUCCAUCACGAUGGAGAACCAGGUGAUUCACGAGAUCAAGGGAGACACCGAGGCCUCCGGAGAGGAGGGCUUACUCAACCUGCGGCCCGAUGACUUCGUGUUCUACGUGGGAGGUUACCCCGACGGCUUCACGGUGACCCCCCCGCCCCCCCUCCAUUUCCCCGGCUACCGGGGCUGCAUCGAGAUGGAGACGCUGAACCAGGAGGUGGUCAGCCUCUACAACUUCGAGAGGACCUUCCGCCUCGACACGGCCGUGGAUAAGCCUUGCGCGCGCUACAAGUCCACCGGGGACCCCUGGCUCACCGACGGCUCCUACUUCGACGGCACCGGCUUCGCCCGCAUCAGCUUCGAGAGACAGUUCAGCAACACCAAGCGCUUUGAGCAGGAGCUGCGGCUGGUGUCCUUUAACGGCGUCAUCUUCUUCCUGAGGCACCAGAGCCAGUUCCUGUGCCUGGCCGUGCGCCGGGGCAGCCUGGUGCUCUUCUAUGACUUCGGCGCGGGCCUCAAGGAAUCGGUGCUGCAGCCCGGGCCGCCCAUGACGGCGGCCAGCAAGGCGAUCCAGGUGUUCCUCCUGGCGGGCAGCCGCAAGCGGGUGCUGGUGCGCGUGGAGCGGGUCACCGUGUUCAGCGUGGAGCUGGACAACGACCUGGAGCAGGCCGACGCCUACUUCCUGGGCGGCGUGCCCCCCGAGCAGCUGCCCGCGAGGGUGAGGGCCUGCGGCGGCUCCUUCCCCUCCGGGGCGUCAAUCCGAGGCUGCAUGAAGGGGAUCAAGGCGCUGGGCAAGUACGUGGACCUCAAGAGGCUCAACACGACGGGCGUCAGCUUCGGCUGCACCGCUGACCUGCUGGUGGAGAGAGUCAUGACUUUCCACGGCCACGGCUUCCUGGCCCUGGGCCUCCCCAACGUGGCGCCCCUCACCAGCAGCAGAGUCUACUCGGGGUUUGGCUUCCGAAGUACCCAGGAGAACGGCCUCCUCUACUGGCGCUGUUCCCAGGAGGGGCUGUGCCAGGUGGCCCUGAGUCAGGGCCGGGUGACCCUCGAGUUCAUGGACCAGACGGUGACAAGCGCAGAGGUCUUCGCCGACGGUGCGCCACACUAUGUCGCCUUCUACGCCAACGCUUCAACGGUGCGGCUCUACGUAGAUGACCAGCUGCAGCGGCCAGAUCCUUCCCUGGAGCCUCCGGCUGCGCCCCGGCCCGGGCCGCCCCAGGGCGCCCCCCUCCUGCUGGGGGGCCUGCAGGGAUCGGACCCCGCGAACAGAUUCGGGGGCUGCAUCAGCAACGUUUUUGUGGAGCGGGACCCCCAACAGGUGUUCAACCUGCAGCAGAACCUGGGUAGUGCCAACGUGAGCACGGGCUGCACCCCAGCCCCCCCCACACAAGCCAGGCGGCAAGGACCCCAAGGGCUGCGGGCCUCUACGCGGAAGACCUCACGCCACAGCCGCCAGCCCCGUCGCGACCCCGCCUGCGUGGCACCCCCAAAAGACAAUGCCAUCCAAGACGCCUACCAGUUUGGAGGGUCCCUGCUCAGUCACCUGGAGUUCGGGGGCAUCUCCGCCUCCCAUGGGAAUCGGUUCCACUUGUCCAUGCUCGUCUACCCUCGAGCCUCCCAGGGCCUCCUGCUCUACGCCGCCCCCCAGACGAGCCGGAGCCCGGCCCUGGCGCUCUUCCUGAGCCGCGGGCACUGGGUCGCACAGACCGAAGGCCCCGGGCCUCAGCUCCGCGCCAGGAGCCCCCAGCGCUCCCGGCCUGGCCAGUGGCACUCGGUGUCCGUGCGCUGGGAGCCCAGGAAGAUCCAGCUGCUGACGGACGGGGUCCAGGCGGUGAGCCGGCCGGCGGUGCGCGGCCGGGCCCGGGGCGCCGAGGGCCCUCGGGCUCACACCCUGUUUGUGGGGGGCCUGCCCGCCGGCCGCCGCCCCGCCACGCUCCCGGUGUCCACCGGCUUCAGCGGCUGCGUGAAGAGGCUGCGGCUGGAGGAGCGGCCCCUGGAGCCGCCCUCCCGCGUGGCGGGGGUCACGGCCUGCGCCUCGGGGCCCCUGCACCGCGGCCUCUUCUUCUCGGGCCGAGGGGGCGUCGUCACGCUAGCGCCCCCGGCGGCCACGCCCGCGGAGGUGGAGCUGGAGCUGGAGCUGCGGCCCCGGGCGGCCGCGGGCCUGGUCUUCCGCCUGGGCCGGGCCGGGCCGCCCCCCUACCUGCAGCUCGAGGUGUCGAGGGAGCAGGUCCUGCUGCGCGCGGACGGCGGGGCCGGCGAGUUCUCCACGUGGGUGAAGCCCCCCGAGGCGCUGUGUGACGGGCGGUGGCACAGGCUGGCAGCCAUCAAGCACGGGGCCCUGCUGCGCCUGGAGGUGGACGGAGCGAGCAACCGCACCGCGGGCCCCGCCUCGGCGGCCCUGGCCGACGCCCCGGCCCCCCUGCACCUCGGGGGCCUGCCCGAGCCCGGAGCCGCCGCACGGACGCCCCCGGCCUACCGAGGCUGCAUGAGGAAGCUGGCGGUGAACGGGGCUCCCAUCGCCUGGACCACCGUCACCGCGCUCCAGGGGGAGGCGGGGCUCGGCGGCUGCCCCGCCCCCUAG